AUGGUGAGCGCUACGGUUAAAGAGAUCAAACUCUCAGUAGAUCUCAGCAAGAGAUAUGCAGAGAGAGAGAUAGCAGAUAGCGUGCAGGUUUUCACUGCUCUGGUGCUCUCCAUUGAGAAAAGCCAGGCUGAGCUAAUUGAGGUGAUUGAGGAGAAGCAGGAAGCAGUUGAGAGGCGGGCUGAAGGGCUCAUUAAAGAGCUGGAGCAGGAAAUCACUGAGCUAAAGAGGAGAAGCACUGAGCUGAAGCAGCUCUCACAGACUGAGGACAACCUCCAACUUCUCCAGAGCUUCCUAUCCCUAGUGUGCACCCCUCCACCCACCAAGGACUGGUCUGAUGUCAGUGUUCACAGUGAUCUGUGUGUGGGGACUGUGAGGAGAGCUGUGUCUCAGCUGGAGAAGACACUGAAUAAAGAGAUGGAGAAGCUGCCUGAAGUCAAACAGAAGAGGAUUCAGCAGUAUGCAGUGGAUGUGACUCUGGACCCUGAUACAGCACAUCCCUGGCUCAUCCUGUCUGAAGAUGGCAAACAAGUAAGAACACCACAGAAACGUUCUGACAAUCCAAAAAGGUUUGAUCGUUUUGCCAUUGUUCUUGGAAAGAAUGGCUUCUCCUCAGGGAGAUUUUACUAUGAGGUGAUUGUUAAGGGGAAGACUUCAUGGGUUUUAGGAGUGGCAAGAGAGUCCACUGACAGGAAGGAGAAUAUCACACUGACACCUGAGGAUGGACUCUGGACUGUGAUGCUAAGGGAUGAGAAUGUGUACCAAGCCUGUACCUCCCACUAUAUCCUCCUCUCCCUGAGAGAGAAGCCCCAAAAGAUUGGGGUGUUUGUUGAUUAUGAGGAGGGUCAGGUCUCCUUUUAUGAUGUGGAGGCCAGGUCUCAUAUCUAUUCUUUCACUGGCUGCAACUUUACAGAGAAUCUCUAUCCAUACUUCGGCCCCUCUGGUAAUGAUGAUGGUCAAAACUCAGCCCCUCUCGUCAUCUCUCCUGUCACUCACACAAGCUGA